ACCCACAAAAAUGAGACUGUUGAUAAAUAGGCCCCCCAAGAGUAGGUCAGGGUAUAAAAAAAAGUAAAUGUUCAUUUGAAACUUUUCCUUUGAUGGAUGUUUAAUGGCUACAAAGGUUGGUGCUAAUCAGACAUUGUGUUUCUUGUAUCUUUCUAGGUGUCAUCAAAUGGUUACGGCAUUUAAAACAGUUACUGUUCACCAACCAUCCAAUGUGCUAACCCUGUGCCUAAACAGGUUCGACAUUUUCAGUAAUAGGAAGAUUAAAAAGAGUGUAGCGUAUCCGGAAUGUCUUGAUCUCCGGUGUUACACCUCAGAGCCAAAUGGAACACCAAUUCUUUACAAUUUGUAUGCCGUUCUUGUCCACGCUGGAACAACCUGCAAUAGUGGACAUUAUUUCUGCUAUGUGAAGGGCCCCAAUGGAAACUGGUACAAAAUGAACGACAAUUCUGUGACAUCUGUAGACAUCAAGAUAGUGUUGAAGCAGGAGGCCUACCUGCUGUUCUAUAUCAGAACCCCGGAUAACCAGACAUGCACAGUAUCGUCUACAGCUGAUUCUGAACAGCAAAUCACUACCAAGCAACGUGGCAUUUCAUCUACAGCUGAUUCUGAACAGCCCUAA